AUGGUUCACAUAAAGACACUUCUUGCAGUCGCCAUCUUGGUCCUGAUUUCUGCUACAAUAGACCAGGCAUCGGCAGGAACUUGUGAAUGUGGUUUGUGGAAUGGUGCUUAUACUUUUAAAUCUUAUAAUGGUGUAUCUGGUUAUUGUUCUGCCACUUGUUCUUUUGGUUAUGCUGCAACUGGUGACGCUAAUGCUUGUUGCAAGUGUUGUUGUGAACAGCGUACUAAUUAUAUUGGUUCUUGCAAUACUGCUUCUACAACUACUUGUAGUCCUACUGAUAGUUCUUGUUCUGUUAAUUCUAUUUAUCCCGACGGUCUUGGUUUUACCUUUUAUACUUAUUUUGCUGGUUCUGGUCCUACUGCUAAUGGUGGUGCUGCUGCUUAUUGUCCUGGGGGCACUCGUAAUUAUGUUGACUGUGUUGAUGCUUGUAAGGGUGAUACUAAUUAUGAUCCUUGUGUUCGUUGUUGUAAUGCCUGUUGUACUUCUGGUACUCGUACAUCUCGAGUUCUUUCUGAUAAUGAUGAUAAUGAUGAUCUUCUUGCUAUUCUUCGUAUUGUUAGCCGCGCUCGUGCUCAUGCUCGUGGUGAACGUCGUUUUCGUAGCAGUUAA